AUGCUUGAGGAACAGGCUAAGAAGAAAAUCGUGGAAUCUGCAUUACUUGUAAACAGGCCUCAGCCAUCUGUUGAUGAGAAAUUCGACAACAAUCUUAAUCAUCCACUGCCAGAAAUUGAAGCCAAAGUUUUAGAUCAGAGUGUACUCGUCAGAAUUCACUGUGAGAAGAACAAAGGAAAUCUAGCAAAGGUCCUGCAUGAACUGGAGAAGCUUCCUCUAAUAGUGGUGGCUACCAAUAUUCUGCCUUUUGGGAGCUGCACCAUGGAUCUAACUGUUAUUGGUCAGAUCAACACUGAAGUCCCCAUUAGAGCCAAGGAUCUUGUGAGGUACCUACGGUCAGCACUUUUGAAUUUCAGGUCCGAUGUUUGA